GGUUCAGAGACAUCACUGCCUGAUUGCUAUAAAUACACUCCUAAGUAUAUCUGCUUCCUGUCUUGGAGGAAUAACGUACAGAUUGCGUUAUCUGUCAACAUCAACAGUUGGGCUAGAACAACGGACCCCUGAAUCAAUUGCUCUUGGUUAUGGCAAAUGCAAAGCCCGCGGUACGUGAUUUGAAAUUGUUCCCCGAACCUUGGAGUGUGCAAGUUCUGGAGCUUGGGCAAGCCGCAUCUUUAAAAAAAAAAAAAAAAGCGGCCAGAACGCGAACUCAAAGCGGCUGGUCUUGACGUCACGCUUUUUCAGCUCAAGCUCAGCAUUGACACGCCUGCUAUCAGUGCAUGAAAUGACCUCAGGGUUCCAGCCCACGAGUUAUCGAGAUACAGAGAUCGAUAGCUCCACGAUGAAGUUUCCUCUGAAGCCAUUGAUCGUGAUAUAGACGCCGAAUCGAUCAUACACACAGAGCUGGCCCGUUUUUGCCCGGGCAAAGGACUGGCCACGAUGGCUGCUAGCAGGACACAGCCUCCCGAUGAAGACAACGCCGUGACCCGCCAACAACGCUCCCACCGCGCCCAUCAGGAAUUCAUUUGCCUUGGCAUGCUUAAGAACAUUGUCGAACGGCGCGGCAUCGACUUCGUCACCGUCGAUGACCUUCGUUGCCUCGAAGCCGUCCUCAUCUCCUCACUCCGAUUCGACGACCACACCAACGUGCCCCCAGGAUUCCAGCAUAGCCCCGCGGGUAGGGAAGCCGAUCAAUUUCGAGCCAUCAUCUUCGGUCUACCGUGGCUGCUUAGAAAGGAGCUGGUGGAGUUCUUCGAUUCCGAACCGCUAGAGCACAAUCCGUACUUAGAGCGCUUCCGCCGCGGGCUGGAGAACGGGAACAUGCGGUCGACCGGAGCUAGAGCGUCGUCCAUGUUCAUCGAUCCGCAGACGGGGAGGCUGAGGGAGCUUUUUUAUUUUUAUUUAUUUAUUUUUUUCUGGUCACACCUCUCUCGCAUUUCUCUAAAAGAAGACCCCAACAUGAAUUAAAUAUCCCUCCAUCAUGGUUUAUCUAAUGAGGUCGCUCUUUGGACGGUGGGGAUACUUGCGCUGGAGGUAAAAGAUUCGGCGUGGUGAUCAGAAUAUAUUCCGUGUGUAAAGUUUGCAUGCUGUAUUGUCUACUUUGUAUGCGCCUUGCCAUGGAUUUGGGGUCCAGAGUCUGAAAUUUUCGAUCGUCGCUACGGAAGGGUGGAAAUGGUGACAACGGCAAGACAGAGAGAGUAUCACGACACGGCUUCUAUCAAAACGAAAGCAAAACAAAACCAAUAAUAUUUACGACGCAGAUUUAUCGAUUAUACCCUGAGGUAUAGAUAGCAUCACUUAGUUUAAAAAUUACCCAGGCCAGCUUAGGUUCAAUUUAAUUGUGUCAGUUGGUUA